CUGUAAUCUAGGUUGACGGGCCCCUUUGCUUGCAUGGCAGCAGCUUGCAACAUACAGCAAAUACGUUUACUUGAUAUAUCGUACUGAAGGUAGGACUUCAUCUAUGACUGAAAAGACAUCAGACUCCGCUCUUGAGCGGCUUAAACGCGACGCGGAGAGGGAGAUGCGGCGGAAUCUUGACGACGGCCGACCGUCUAAGCGGCCAAAGCACGAAGAUGGCAGCCCUGCUUUCAUUCCGGUUGACCGCUACCAUUACUCCGUGGUUGGGGAACUGGAGGCCGGCGCCAAGGGCUUCCUCAUCACUUGCAACUUCCGAAAGGAGAAGAGCGCCACUCGUGAGGCGGUGCAGCUGCUGAGGCGCCACAUGCCUGACCACCUCUUCCCGCAGCAGCAGCAGGAGGGGCAGCCGGAGGAGCAGGGGCAGGAGGGCACGAAGGACCAGCAGCAGGAGGGGCAGCAGCAGGAGGGGCAGGAAGGGCAGCUGCUGGGGAAGGAUGUGGGGAAGCAGGAACGGCGCGGGGUAUACCAACAGCGACAGCGGCAGCAGGAGGUGGCGUCGGAUGAUGAAGACGAUGAGGAGGAGGAGGCGUGUGCUGGCGGAUUGUCAGACGCAACGAACGCAGCAGGCCCGGUAACAGCAGCCGAGACCACCUCCCCAUCUGCGUUUGGUCUUGCCAAGGUGGGUUGUCGCGGAGUGGUGCUGGUCCGGCUGUCCGCCGCCGCCGCCUCCCUGGUGCAGCCUGCGCGGCUGGUGGGGCAGCUGCUGCGGGAGCGGGAGGCGGGGGAGCUGGGGCAGCCCAGGCACUGCCACCGCAUCAUCCCGCUCGACGCCACCUGCGCCCUCACGGCGGAGGGGCUGACCCGAGCAGUGGCGACUGCGGCUGACGCCUACCGCCGCCGCCGCCAAGCCGACAGCGCCGCUAUAGCCGCCGCCGCCGGCGACAGCGAUAGUGCCAAUGACGUCACGCCGCCAUUCACUUACACCGUCGUGUAUCACUCACGAGCGACAGAACCGACUGCGGCCGCGGACGGCGGCGCUGCUCCUUCCCAGGCGGCAGGCGCAGCGACGGCAGCCACAACCGGCGCAAGCAACGAGCCGGCGGCAGCAGCAGCCGCGGCUGCUGCGGCGCCAGGGUCCGUUGCGGCGGCAGCAGAGGAUACCUCCGGAGGUGCGCAUGCGACUGAGACGCUGUCGGAUCGCGGUCGCAUCAUCUCGCUGGCUGCGGCGGGCAUGGCUGCAGCGUUUGGCGGUCGAGCCAAGGUGCAGCUGAAGAACCCGCAGGCUGCCUUGUUUGUCGAGGCGGUCCCCGUGGCGGGUCGCUACUUCGCCGGGGUGAGCCUGCUGGAGCAGCCGCUGUUCGUGGCCAAGGGCAAGCUACUUGUGAAGCCGCUGGUGACGGGGAAGGCGCGAG